UAUUUACCUCGGGCAAGGGGUCACCUACCGAUGUCACCAGGUUUGGCGAGAACCUGCUCCAUGUACUUGCGGAAAUGGUAAGCCGACAAGGUCCACAAUACUCCGUAUGAGACCACGAGCCGGUAGAUGCCUGACCACCGUCGUCUAUCUCUCAGCUCAACCAUCCGGAACAUGGCCGUGCCGCCGCGGACAAGAUUGCCAGCGAGCUUCAUCACUACUUUGGCGUUCCACUGCACCUGCCAGACCUUUUCGACCAGUAAGUGUUGCCUGCUGAGCGUUAGGUCGACUUGCCCCAUGAGCAUCAUUACGUGCGGGAGCGUCCGGCUCACAUCGGGUUAUAUGACUCCGCUGGUUGCCUAUUACGCCACAUUGCCGAAUGACAUGACCGCGAUGCCUGAUGCAGGCGUCGUCGAGGUAUUGACUCUCAGGGGGGCUGACACCAACCUCACCGAUGUCUACCUCGACGAAGCUGACUUGCCUCCGGUGCUGCGGAAACUACAAGCAAUCCCAUGGGCACUGGACGCAUUCGAUCUCGACCCUCUAAGCGAUGCGAUUCUUCGUGGCCAGCCAAAGGUCGCCGGCGCCAUUGUGAAGAGGGAUCCAGACUAUCUUUGCCGCGAAGAGCCGCCAUUCAUACUCGACAGCCACCUACUUCUUGCGCUCCAUGCCGGGGGGUCUUGUUUUGUCGAGAUACUGGACGCACUUGCCGACUCGCCGAACGACCAAGGGCCCGUCGUGCUGCGAGAGAUGGUCGAGGACGUCAACCGGUGGCAAAAUUCCCUUGCAGAGACAGCUCUGGAGAUGUGCGCUGUCAGCAGUGGUCAGGCUCGCUGGCGCCGUGACCCUUGCGCGUUUACAGCCUGCCUGGCCCGGCUGUUUGAGCUCGCCUGCAUCAUGACUCCUGACAGGCCGUACAGGUAUCAAGAUGCCUCGUCCUGCCCAUCGUGCCGCCAAGUUUACGUGGUGGAGCUCAAGCGCCGGCGCCAGCUCCUCGCGGCUGUCGCCCGGCGCGAGAUGCCGCCAAGCACGCGCAGGAGACUGGCACUGCAUGACGAGCAGCUGCUAGACCGACAUACCAACGAGGUGCUAGAGCAACUGAGCUCUACAAAUGUGCAGGUACCCCGGGUGUGUGCCCUGGAGAAGGAGAAGCAGUAUAACCAGCUCAUAGAGCCCUUGUAUCACUCCAUCGGCAUGAGGGCGGGCUUUGCCGACACCCUGUUCGCUGCAGGCUUCCGAGACGUGGAAGCCCCCAACGCAGAGGGCCACACGCCACCGGAGGACCUGGCGCUGUAUCAGCCGUGGGAUCUGGCCCUCGCGCUGUGGCACCUACGGCACAUCCCCUCGGUCCGAGACACCCUCGAGGCUCCCUGGAAGACAUACCACAAUCAGGCGCAGGGCGGCUACUGGAGGCCGUCCUCGUCAGGCGAGACCCUGGCGCACCGGCUCCUGUGCAAUAUCGCGCGCCAAUCCGGUCAGACUAUCAGGCAAAACAGGCUGACUAUCCUCCGGGCCGUCGUGCCCAGCCCUGUGCGCGAUGCCCUCCAGCGCAGGUGCCUGUGCUCCCCGGACGGCGGCCGCACACCGCUGACUUACUUCCUCUCCGCAGAGCUCGCCUGGCCUACCGGUGGCGAGACCCCGCUGGAGCUCGGGCAGACGACGAUCGAGUUCUUCCGGCUCUGCGGUGACAUCUUGCGUGUCGACCAGUACCAGGCUGCAUUCCGCCUCCUGACCUUUGCGGCAAUGUCUCUGCGGCAUACGUGCGGGCCCGUGGCUUCAGACAUCGAGGCCGACUACGCAAGUGACCGCGACGACGACGGCGGCGGGAGCGAUGUGAGCUACUCUCUCGAUGAUGACGAUGAUAUGCUCGUCGAGGCGUUCCAAGACUUUAUUGCAGAUUUCGAGGCCGUCGUCGAGGAAGCGCUGUCCUCGCGGCUCAUUGGUCAUGACCGCAGGGAUAUUGAUCCCGCAUUUGAGGACGGACAUUACUGCUGGGGUUUGGAUGAUGACGAGUCACUCUCCAACAGCGACUACGGGGUUGUUAAUGCUGGGGCUGCUGAGAGCGGCGGUGGCGAUAAUAACGGCGACGAGCAGUUCCCUGGUGCAGCAGAGGACCGGGAUGCCGGGCAACACAAGAGUCUAAAAGACCUCUGUGUUGGGCUGGUCAGUGCCUGGAACGUCAAGAUGGAUGCAUGUCUCGACGACCUCCACCAAAGAGACAUCGAGGCCGACUCGAAGCGGGCCGCCGCGGACGUGGGCGUCGUCUGGCACGAGCAAGGGGGCCUCUACAAGCAGGGAAAAAGCUUCCAUGACUACACCAUCGAAGACUGGUGCCGCCGCAUCGAGGAGAUAUGAUCAACUAAUCCACGUCGCUUUGGCGUAGUUGUCUUGUUCCCGGACUGUCCAAAUUAUCAUUACAUGAAGAGCGGUUGGCCACCUUGAUGACUGUCACUGAGCAACUAUUGACUUUAUUCGCCACUAAUACCAUUCGCUGGAUGCCGAUCAAAGUGGUGAUUGCCCUUCUUGGGCGCUUUGGGCGCUAGAAUAAUAUCGCCUUGAACUAAUCACUGUGGGCAUAAUGACUAGUAGAUAGAACGGGGGAAGGAGAUA